CGAAGACCUGGCAACCCAGAGAGGGAGCGUCCACAGACAGUAGACAGUCCUGCUCGAGACAUUUUCUUUUUCUCUGAAAUAUUUCAUGUUCAAAUAUCAGGACGUCACGACUUUGACUGAUGGAAGUUAUGUGUUUAAGAACUGAGUCUUUGAACAUAUAACGACAUUCAGAAUCACAAUCAUGAAUGCUGUAAAUACUGUGCAGCUGUUCAUUCUGGUUUGGACCUUUACUGCUGUCUGUCAAGAUGAUGAUGAAAAUGUCAGUGUAAGCUGUCAGAAUGUGACUGGAUCUGUGGGGAAAGAAGUGAAUCUCAGCUGCAGCGUCUCUCUGAAGAUCACUGAAUGCUGCAUUAGAAAGUAUAAGUUUCAAUACCCUGAGAUCUUUAAUGACUCUUCAAUCUGUCGUCAAGAUGUUUCUGUGAACUCUUGUGAACAGAGAGACAGUUUCACAUGCCGCUACUCUCCAACUACAGAGAUGACAGAACAAUUCAGAUUCUUUGUGCUAACAAUGUGUGGAAUGGGUAAAUCUAAAUUCACUGUUGACACAGUUUCCUCAAGACAUGUGAACCCAGUAAACCCAUCAGGAUCCCCUCCACCAGAGACAGCAAGAUUCAAGGGAACUGUCAUCACUGUGGUUGUGUUUGGUUUCAUCAUCAUCUUCAUCAUCUUCUUCAUCAUGAUGCCGUUCAUUUGCAGAACAAAACCAAACUUCACCAAACUUUGUAGACGCCAGAACUGGAUGUUUCUGAGAGUCAGACAUGAUGAGGACAACAAUCGUCCAGGAACUGAGAGAUUAUAGCACUGAGUUUUGUUCAUUGUGACUUUUCAUGUGGUUCUUAUGAAAUCUUAUGAAACACACUAAAUUUAUUUGAACUCCACUAAACCCUAUACUUAUAUCUUAAACUACUGGAUAUAUAACUCUGGCUGUAGGUUUUAAACAGUUGUUUCUUUUUUAUAUUGAUUUCUGUGAAAUUCAGCAUAUUAUUGAUCAGUUUUGAUCAGAGUAUAUGACUUUAAUAAACUCAGACCUUUAUAAACU